AUGUUCGCCCUCUCCGAAGAGUCCAAGGAGCGCAUCGGCAAGAUCAUUGAGAUCUCCCGCGUCGCUAUUCACUAUGGCUACCUUCCCUUAAUCCUCUACCUCGGCUACACUCGCAGCGAGCCCCGCCCGCCUUUCAUCCGGUAUGAUGGACUUCCACGAUGUUUGUCGUUGACUGAGAAGCUAACUCUUGGCAGCCUCCUGUCCCCCCUCUCUUAG